AAAUGAACAAAGUCAAAUAAACAACUUCCUUGCUGGGCAUCAGAUGACGUUUUAUUUUGAAGGCCGGAUGUUGUGAUUGUGCGUGAUGACGCGGGUUUGACGCAGCUGGAUGCGGAGCUGCAGUGCGGACAAACAGGAGCGGAGAACCUGACACCCACAGACCGCCAGCCUCAACCGGGUCUCUGGAUCUGUUCUGUCCCGGGUUACAUUCCUGGACCCGGUUCAGCAGGAGGAGGACUAAUCUAGACCUGCAUCCUUACCUGCAGAGACCCGGAGGAGGACUCGGACCCGGACAGCAUCGCGGACUCUGAGGGGGAUUCAAAUCGGAUUGUUCGUUUUUCUGGACUCGGUUGGUUCCGGUCUUUUAGUACCGGAGGAGGAGGACACGGUCGGGUUCGGUACAGAGGACUGUUAGAGGACUUAAUGGUGGUUUAGUCCUGCGGGAGUGUGAGGCCCGAACCCCGGCCCCCCCCCCCACAGGAACGGUGGGUUUUCUGGACCAGGACGGUUUGUGCCGGAAUAAAAUCCCAGAUGAAGAUAACCAAAAGGCGGAAAAGGAGCGGACGGUGCGCCAGGCUAACACAGGAACAGGAAGGGUUUUGUCCCGCUCAGGAUUUGUUGUAAGCCGUCAGGUUUUCCGGGAGCUCAGAACUAUGAUAAAUGGCUCUUUUAAGUUGGGAGCUGCUCGUGUUCUGUCUGGCUGGCAGAUGCAGUGCCUAGUCCCCGGCCUCCAGGACAACGCCAACAUGAACGGGACGUCCGAGCAGGCCGACAUCCUGCCGCCAAACUGCAUGGUCAAAGACCGAUGGAAAGUGCUGAAGAAGAUCGGUGGGGGCGGGUUCGGGGAGAUCUACGAGGCCUUGGACCUGCUGACGCGGGAGAACGUGGCGCUGAAGGUGGAGUCGGCCCAGCAGCCCAAACAGGUGCUGAAGAUGGAGGUGGCGGUGCUCAAGAAGCUGCAGGGUAAAAACCACGUCUGUAAGUUCAUUGGCUGUGGGAGAAACGACAAAUUCAACUACGUGGUCAUGCAGCUUCAGGGUCGUAACCUGGCUGAUCUGCGGAGGAGUCAGCCCAGAGGAACCUUCACGAUGAGCACCACUCUGCGGCUCGGGAAGCAGAUCCUGGAGUCCAUCGAGGCCAUCCACUCAGUGGGCUUCCUGCACCGCGACAUCAAACCGUCAAACUUUGCAAUGGGCCGGCUCCCCUCCACCUACAGGAAGUGCUACAUGCUGGACUUUGGUCUGGCCCGACAAUACACCAACACGACGGGGGAGGUCCGACCGCCGAGGACUGUGGCCGGUUUCAGAGGGACGGUCCGCUACGCUUCAGUCAACGCUCAUAAAAACAAGGAAAUGGGUCGCCAUGACGACCUGUGGUCAUUGUUUUACAUGUUGGUGGAGUUUGCUGUUGGACAGUUGCCUUGGCGAAAAAUCAAAGACAAGGAACAAGUGGGUCAGAUUAAAGAGCGUUACGACCAUCGGAUGCUGCUCAAACACAUGCCUUCAGAGUUUAAUAUCUUCCUGGACCACGUUCUGGCCCUGGACUACUACACCAAACCAGACUACCAGCUGCUCAUGUCGGUGUUUGAGAACAGCAUGAAGGAGCGAAUCAUCACAGAGAACGAGCCUUUUGACUGGGAGAAGGGAGGAGGUGAUGUCACGCUGUCAACCAGUGCCUCCACACAACCACAGCACAACACCCGACCCACUGCCGCCAUGGUCGGAGCCAUCGUGACGCCCGUUCCUGGAGAUCUUCAGCGGGAGAACACCGACGACGUUCUGCAGGACGAACACCUGAGUGACCAGGAGAACGCCCCACCCGCCCCACCCAGCCGCCCUCCCGGGGAGACGAGUGCCCAGCAUGUCGGGGAGACGGGAGAGACCUGGGAGGACACGGACUUCAACCGCAACAGACUCAGGAUCAGCCUGAACAAGGGCGCUCAGGAGGAGGAGUCAGGUCGGGGGGCGUGUCCAGCAUCACCAGUUCGAGGAGGAGCCCCAGAGUCGCCCACAGGUCAGGGUCGGUCGUUACGCUACCGCCGAGUCAACAGCCCCGAAUCUGACCGUCUUUCUGCUGCUGAUGGCCGAGUCGACGGAUACGGACAGAGGUCGAGAAUGGACAUCCUUGGCUCUCCUUCUCGGCACGUUUAUUCCUCACAGCCCGCUCAGAUGCUGUCUGUUGACCCUGGUUGCCGUGGUGAUCGUCAGGUCAGCGGCCGGCAGGAAGUGUCAGUGGCGUCAGUGGACCAGGAAGCGCACAGCAACGCCUUUAUUCGCUCCGUCCCGCUGGCCGAGGAGGAGGACUUUGACAGCAAAGAGUGGGUGAUCAUCGACAAAGAGACGGAGCUUCGAGACUUCCAACCGACAACGUCAGGAACCACAGAUGAAGAGCCUGAGGAGCUCCGCCCCCUGGAGGAGCAGGAGGAGAGGAGGAGGCUCAGAGCGGGAGGAGGCGAGCUGGUGGUACGACCAAAGACUCACACCAGGGAGAGCAGCCGAGGGAUGCUAACGCUAACGGAGGAGGAGGCGUCAAGGAGGAGCGGAGGAAGCCCCGCCCAGUCACCGUGUCACUCGCUACCAUCAGGACGCCCCCGCCGGAGAGAGUCAGAGCCCAUUGGACCUCAGAGACCGGUGCUGUCACCCACGGAGCCGAUUAUCCCAUCACCGUCCUCCCCAGACUAUCGGACGAAGGGCCAGGGAGACGAGAAGGAGCAUUUCCACAUCCUCCCUCAGCUCCAAGUCAAGAGGGCCGACUUCCUCACCGUCAUGCUAACCGGUACCUUACCUCAGCGCCGGAGCUUCGCCACACCGGAUGAAGAUGUCCCAGAGCCUGCAGGGCCAAGAGAUGAUGAUGUCACUAAAAGUGAGUCAAACAGUGAGGCCAGUCAGAAGAGCACUGAGCGCAGCCAGGACGCUGCACCUUCAACCCUCAUGGCCGAGGACCAGAGGGGUCAGAGGGAGCACGCCUCAGCUGCUGACGCAGACCCCGACCUGGAAGACGCUUCAAAAACGCUCGUCCUGUUCUCUCCUGGAGACACUCGUAAGUCUCCCUCUGGUGCUGAUCAUGGUCUAGAGGGUGAGCUGGCUACACCAUGUGCCCUCUCAUCCCGUCACCUCCUGGUCGGGGAGGGGCUUCAGCCAGAGUCCGCCGAGACUGGACGUUUGUCCCCCGCUCUCAGGUCGGACCUCAGGCCUUCCACUCCAAUCGCCCCUGCUUCUCCGCCCUUCACAAAGGUAGAGCGCACAUUCGUCCAUAUUGCAGAGACAUCACAUCUCAACGUCAUGUCUUCCAAUGGUCACUCUGCCCGAGAGAGUGACCGGGAAGUCCUGUCCAUCAUGAAGGUAUCAGUGGUAGAGGACGACACCCAAGAACAAGGAAUAGAACUGACAACAGAAAAGUCUCCAGAGGAGUCCAUGCCAGACCAGGGUAUCACUUCUGAUAAGCAUCCCAAAACUGAAAAUGGUCCGUCGCCUGUGCUGGCCAAGUCUUUAGAGCCUGUUCCAGAAGUCUUGUCUCCUGUUCUCGAACUUAAAGAUCUUUCUCUGGAUCUUAAGAAACAUUUACCAUCCAGUGAAGACGACGCAAAGCUUCAAACGACUGCAUCAGAACUACAGGCUGCAAUAAAACCCAAAAUCAAAAGCAGAAUCCCAAUCCUCAUCUCUGAAGAAGACUCGGGCUCUGAGCAGUCCUCCUCCCUCUCAGCACGGGCUCGACUACAGCAGCGGGCCAGGCAGCUUGACUUGGCCCGCAUGUUGGUCCAGAGGCAGCAGGGUCGCUGGAUGAGGAGGAGGAUGCUGUCAGGGACAUCCUCGUCGUUAUCCUCUGGGGACGAAGAGCGCAGGAGGGCUUCUGAAACUUUGUCUACCACUGGCUCAGAGGAGGACACGCAUACCUCAGACGAGUCCAGGAGGAGCUCCCGUCUCAAGCCAACUAAAGAGCAGGGCUCCAAGGAGUGCAGGAGCAGGAUCCCCAGGCCUGUCACCCCCAUAAAGAGGCCUUCAGUGGGACUUGCCUGCGCUUCUCCCUCUCCUCUCUCCCUGCCAGAGUCCAGCGCUACCAAAGGAGCAUCAUCCUUCUCUAAUGGAAAUCAGAAAAUUGGACUAAGCACUCUUAGCACUCAAAGAAAAUCCAAACCCGCCGUCCCAAGGUCCUCCUCUUCAUGUCCUCGUCCUUCUGCUGCCCCUGCUCCGUCAGGUAGUCCUCGAAUGCCCCUGAGAGUCCUGUUUGGGACCCGUCGCAGCCUUAGCUCCACCCACUGCAGGACAGAUAGCCCCUCCCCUCAGAGGGUAUGUCCGUCCAGGCAACCCCUUUCUGUUCGAGCCCCAACCGUCCCUGUGCUACCGCCAAGGACAACGACAAACAUGCGGCGCAGUGCCUCGCAAGAAGCCACGGCCCAGACCUCCUCCGGCAUCACGCCCACCAGGACCAGGCCCAAAGCAGCCGCCGCUGCAGCUAAGGGGAAGCCAAAUACCAGGGAGAAGUCUGUGCCCGCUAGAUAAUACAAAGAGACUCAAAGCCGAGUUACAUUUGUGUAUAAUCAAUCCCCGGACGCGCUACGCCUCAAGUUUUCACUCCAUAUUAGACUCCUUCAUGUAUUCUGAUCUCUUCUACUUUCCAAGGACAGCUAACUAACUUUCUUCAUGGGCUUCCAGUAAACCUGAGUGACGGUCGUACAGAAGUGUUGCUGCCAUGGUGCUAUGGAUGUGUGCUGCUCCCUGGGCGAUCCCUGGUUUAACCUCCAGCUUCAGAGACUCUUUCCACUGCGCGUUUCUUUCUGGCAGAGAGUUCGGAUGAAGCACUGAAAAAAAAAAACACGUCAGUUUCAUUCCUUAGAAAAGAUAAUCUUGAUUAGUAUCGCCACUAAAAGUGCAAACUAGAGUAUGUUGCUCUUUAAUGAUCUCUCGUAGAUCCUCCUCACAGUCCUAGAGGACGGAGGUUUUCAGAGAUAACGGCUGUGUCCUAAUUCAGGGGCUGCUGCCUUCAAAGGCCGCAUAUGAAAACACGAAACGCUGUCCGAUUUUGACCGCUCCUUCCAAUGCGUCAGUUUUUCCUCUAUGGCCCAACAUAUCCCAAAAUUCUAACAAAAUGGCCGACUUAUAUGUGGCCAAGGGUUACACUUUAAAACGUAAGUAAUUUGUUUUUACUCAAUCAAAAAGCUAACGAAAUAAAUGUUAAAACUGAGAGGGGUGCUGAGGUCGCAGGAGGGUGAGGGGCAGGAAUAGCCAGCAACACAAACAGGAAGUCCUCUGUCGUCCAGAUCGUCACAUUUCAGAUCAGUCUACUCAGCCUCUGAAGUCUGAUAACUAGCAGCAACUUCUGUGGAAAAUGAAGCCGAUGCUGAAGUGCAAAAUAAUUGCAGUUCCUCGAGUGUCCACUAGAGGCUGACUCACUUAAACACCCCAAAUAAAAAUGUAAGUUUUUACAGCAGAAAAGAACAAAUCUGGUCUCUUUAUGUUUUUAUUGGCACACACUGUACAAUAACAAAUAUCCAUCUCAUUGUCCUUUUUCAAUUCGUUUCCGACCGUUAUCUAACGGCGACUGUCUUUGGGCUUCAAAGACAACAGGUGACUGAGAGUACGUCCAUGUUUUCUACAGUCUUUGGAUGCUACCCCUGAGAUGGGACACAGCAAACGAAGCCUUCCCGUCAUCGCCUCCUCUUAUAGCUGUCAGUAGACGUAAAGUCAGCUCGUACCCUAACCUGCCUUCUGAUUGGUUAAAUGAAAACAAAGUGGUUUUAUUAGUGGUUUAUUAAGGAUUGGCGCCUAGUUUUCACUGACCUGUGUACGGAGGAAAAGGGGAAUGUGAAACUGUGAACUGACGCCUCGAGUACGUAAAAAAGAUCUUUUACUGUGAAUUUCAGAGAGACUGUAUGACAGUGUGCUAGCCUAGCUAACAGGCUGCUAGCAAGCUAACAGGCUGCUAACUAGCUAACAGGCUGUUAACAAGCUAACAGGCUGCUAACUAGCUAACAUGCUGCUAGGAUGAUUCAAUGUUAAAGAAAGAACUUUGUUAAUCUAGUUUUAAAUCAUCGUCUGUUUAAGUUUUUUUGUCAGUUUGAUAUUCGACAUCGAUAUUACAAACUACUGGAUGGUGAAAAACACGAGGAGCCUCAUGGCUGCAGGUUUCUAUCAGGAUUCCUCUGGCUUAAAGAAACGCACUCCUGACGGUUAUGUGAGGUGUAGUGCAGCGGCCGUGGGUUCGAAUCCGACCUCGGACCUUUGCUGCACGUCAUCCCCUUACUCUCUCCUCCCUUCACUUCCUGUCUCUCUUCAGCUGAUCCAAUGAAGAACAGAAACGCACACUAGGGGGCGUCGUCCGUAUAUAUUUAUGGAUCUACAGACAGAAGAUGGCGAGAGCUUUUCCUCCACACUUGCUGAAAAGAGACACGCCCAGAAAAAAAGCGCUGAGUGGACUCGAGCCUGUCACAGCCCCCCCCAGCCCCCCCCCCCCCAGCUCGCCCACAGCUCUUCUUCUCUUGUACGGACGCCGCACUGCUUGGUUCACGUUGCAUGGUGAAAUAAACACGACGAAGGAAACAAAGAUCUGAACCUUUAAGCUCCUCCCUGAUGGUGUGAAUGACUCCACGCUGAACGCUGAGCGCUCGCCUCAUGGUCACCGUGGGCAUGCUUUCAUCUCUUUCUUUUCUUUACGCUCUGAAUUGUACAUAAUAGAAUCAUUUCCCAUAAACACAUCUUUAUUUUUUAUCUCGUCUUUAACCUUCUGUUCCAAUGUGUUGGCGCUAAGCCUGUUUUUUAACGCAUGAGAAAAACAGGGUUAACCACGAGAGGGCGCUCUACCUGCUUGGAUCCUGCUGACGGUGCAGCGGCGUGCUGCUUGUGUUUGUUGGGGGUGGAGGGCACCAAGCGGUGAAGUAAAGUCCUGGUCAUGUUGAA